AAACUGCAGUUCAGCAGCGGAGACAUGGGUUUUGCAUGACCCCUGUAAUACUAUGAUAUGAUUUUUAUUAUUUGUACAUUAUUCUAAUAAAAGUGAAGAGAAAUAAAUUCUGUAUUUAUUUGUAAGUGCACGAUGGCUGGAAGUCGACUUGAGAAGGUUGGCACUGUGUUUACUAGGGUUCGAGAUCUAAUGCGCUCUGGAGUCAUCAAAGAAUCCAAGAAGCCUGUUUGGUUUGACGUGUAUGCCGCCUUUCCUCCAAAAAGAGAACCCGUUUAUGUCAAGCCAGUGCAAAUGGUGCGGGGGAAACCUGAGGAAACAGUUACUGAAAUCUUUUACAAAGAGGAUGAAAUCCGAGGGAAAUUCUAUGAGCUGUAUGGAAAUGGACCUAAAGCAUUUGAUCUCACUAAACCCAACUUUGUGUCAACCUGCCAGAGAUUUGUGGAGAAGUACACGGAAUUGGAGAGCAGGGGAGUAAAACCAGAGACAUUGCUUGAGGAAACAGCAAAGGCACUUCUUGCUGAUGGUGUUGUGCUCCGACGGAGAGGUGGACCUGCUGUAUCAGCCGAAGCACGUGAUCCUGUGCUGAACAUGAAGUUGACUGACAUGUUAGCUGAACAACAAAAAGAUACAGUUAUGAAUACACAAACUACAGAAAAGCCCACAGAAACGCACACAGCUCCCACUGACUCUUCAACAGCCUCGUAACUGUAAACAUUUGUACUUUACAUCUGUUAUACCCAUUAUUUAAAUAUAAAGAUCUCAUUGUGUUGUAUUGUUGUCCAAACUGGACUAAUUAAUAUUCAAAUAAAGUGUUUUGAAUCA